AUGGAUGGCUUCGACCAGGAAUUCCCUCCACAAUUGUUGGGUGUGAUCGAUGAGAUGGACUACAGUCUGAUCAUGUACAAGUUCAACAGCCAGAUCAAUAGUUUUAAGUCUGGUUUCAUCCAAUUCAACACGACCAACUUUAUCACAUUCGUACUGUGCGUGGUCCUGUUCUUUGUAUCAUUCUUCAAAGUCUCCAACCAAUGGCUCAACCUCGAGAUCACCGGUGCUAUCGGUCUCUUCACAUUCCUUGCCAUGUUACACUGGAUCUAUUCCUCCAACCGUUCUAUCGUUAAGAACUUGUCGGAUGAUACAUUAAAGCUUUCAAACAGAUACAAGGACACUGGAAUGAGGUUUGACUUGAUUGAAAAGUCAAUCUUUGAGAGAAAGACAUCUGGUUGGUUCUCCAGGAACAUCUUGAUGGCUGCCAACUACCACAUUGAGCUAACAUAUCGUUAUGCAAUCGAUGAGAGGGAGUUUGCCCAGCAUUUCAUUGACCUGCCUUCAACUGGAAGUAUAAACUAA